AGGAGGCCGCGCGGAGCGGAACGCCAUGGUGUGUGACUGGCUACGUCACUGUUAUCGUUGUCGCCUAAGGUUGCCGUUAAAUUUCGCGUCGCGAGUGCAGCGGAAAAACAUUGACGGAGAGCACGGCCGCGCGUUUCUCCUUCGCGCGGAUUCGCAAUUCAAUCGCGAUCCGAGGUGAGCGAGACAGAGAGAGAGAGAGAGAUACACAUAUAUAUUUGUAUAAAGCGAGAGAGACGCGUCGCCCCUUUUUUUAAAAGUCCCGUGUAUCUCGGCGCGCGCGUGUCCGCCGCGGAACCACCGUCGCCGCACCGCAACCGCACCGUUCCGCGCCGCGCCGCGCGGUGCAGUGUGUACACGUACGAGGCCGCGUGCGCGCGCGCUCGCGUGUGUGUCGCGAGUGCCCCUCUGUGUGUUGCGCUCCUUCUGUGUACGUCGAGAGGAGAGUGCGUUACGGUUCCUACGAGGUGAGCUUUUUAGUACGAGUACUGUCGGGCGAGAGUGUGGCCGACGCGCGCGUACCGGCAUCUUGCUUUCUCGCUCUAGUGUCAUCGUUCUCGUGUUGUAGUCGUAGUCGUAGUCGUUGCCGUUACGGCCGUCCUGUCCCGUCGUCGUCGUCGUCGUCGUAGUAAUCGUUCUCGUCUCUCGUUAGUGUCGCAGCUGACGACCGAGUGCAUCGCGAACGCGGUGCGAGAGCCGCGGUCUACCCGGGUGGCUCGCGGUGUCUCUUGUCGCGAAAGAGUGCGCCAUGCGAGAGAGGGAUAAAUCGGUGACUGGCGGGCGGCGGCCAUCUUCCAGAUGAGGUUUUUCUCCUUCUUUCUUCCGAUAAACGGAGUGCGCUAUGUCGUGAGAGAGAAGGCCAAAGGGAACGAGAGAUCGUAAGAGACCGAUUGAUAGACGGAGAGGUGUAGUGAAAGAGAGAGAGCGAGAGAGAGAGAGAGAGAGAAGGAAGAUAAUUAUAUACGCGUCCAUCAUGCAACGAGAGAUGCGGUGAACGGCGCGUGCUGUUCGGCGGAGUCGCGAAAUUUCACGAGCGCGUGUCGCCGCUUCAAUCAGUUUUCGCUCGUGAGGGCGAGCGGAAAAAACAGUCGCUCGUGUGCGCGACGAGACGAGAGGAACGUAUUAGGAAGUGCGCGCUCGUUCGCGCCUGCGAGCGAGAGAGAGAGAGAGAUCGGCAGAGGGACGGGGUGAAGCGAACCAGAGCGGAAGACGGAGAAAGAGACAUACCGCGUGCGGGGGAAGAAAACGGAAGCGGUGCGGAGGUGAAACGAACACGGAGAGGCGAUCCCCUAUUACCGCGCGUUCGUUUGUUCGUAAUCGCGUCGUUUUCGCGAGCGUGACAAGAAGGAGCGAGGAGGAAGGAAAGGAAUAAAAAAGGAGAAAAAGAAAAAAUAAAGAAGAUCCACGAGGCGCUCGCCGAGGAGGAGGACUCUCGAAGCCCCGGAAGUCGGGGAGUGCGAAAAAUCCACGGAUGCUCCCGCGGUGCUGCGGCCCACCCGGUACAUCGCGAUCGAGAGAGAGUGUGUAGUGUGAGAUCAAUAAUGAGACAGGUGCUCUCAUUGGUGUAAAGCGAUGCGGCGGAGCUGAGAGUUUUGUCGGGCGGCACUCUAGGGCUCAUGAAAAGUGUAUCCGGUGUGCGUAACGUCGCCGUCAAGGACCACCGCGUCGCGAGACAUUCGAGCGAGUUGGAUCAGUGUGAUUAUAAUGUAGUGCCAACUUUGCAGAUGGAUAAACAGGGAUGACUGAUAAUUGCUGGAAUUCUGGUGGUGGCGCUGGCGUCAAGAUGGAGCACUUUCAGGCCACCCUGGACCCAAGGAAGCAGGAGUUAUUGGAGGCCCGCUUUCUCGGAGCGAGGAUGUCUGCUGGGUCACAAAUUCAGAUGGCACCCCAAACAACCGUAAACUCUGGUCAGACAGUUCAUAGUCAAGACUCGAACAUGAGCACUGGCUCAUCGCAUAGUGAUAAGGAGGUGGAUGCAAACACUCCGGAAAAAGUACUACGGACUACUUCUGAGAGAAAAAGGAAACGUAAGGCUGAUGACGGAGGCGGGGGUGUUUCAAGUAGCUCUGUAACGAGUAAGGGCGCUAGAUCAGUUGCUGCUCUUGAUAGUAAGAAGAUCAAUGAGUAUUUCCCAAAGCAUCAUCUGGGCAAUAGUCCUAUUCGGCAUGGUGGUGCCAAGAGCCCCUCUCCUCAACAGGCGUAUCCCAUGUUUCCACCAUCGCCUCAACAGUUACUUUCACCACAAGUAACAACACCUAAUUCUUCAGUGGCGGAAUUCUCUUCACUGAUGCAGCCACCAAGACCUCAUCCUCAACCUCCACCGCCUCCACCACCAGUUUCGACACAACCUGCGGGCUCGAUGGUCAGCAAGCAGGUGCAGGUAAGGCCUACCAACCUCAAUAGGACAAGCCAGGUCAGGCAAGCGAAGACUAACACCCCAAAUACAGAACUUACUUGCCAGAGGAUACAGGAAUUUGAAAGUCAAGCCUCUUCAGAUUUAGAAUUACGUAACAAUAAAAUUGACGAAUUAAAUAGGACAACGGACGAACUUAGGCAUCAAAUGGCUAAUCAACAAAAACUGAUUGAACAGCAUAAAUCGCAUAUAAAUAAGUGUAUAGACGUUGUAAAGAAGUUAUUAAAAGAAAAAUCAAACAUAGAAAAAAAGGAGGCUAGGCAGAAGUGUAUGCAAAAUAGACUGAGGUUGGGUCAGUUCGUGACGCAGAGGGUGGGCGCGACCUUUCAAGAGAAUUGGACCGACGGUUAUGCGUUUCACGAGCUCGCUCGACGGCAAGAAGAAAUAGCAACCGAACGGGAAGAGAUCGACAAGCAAAAGAAGCUGCUGCUCAAGAAGAGGCCAUCGAACAGCGAAACCGGCAGAAAACGUAGUCAACCGCAACCCUCUUUGCAUAACGGCACUGAGGCGACGUUUUUGAAGCCGGAUGCAGUACCUGGGUCGUAUACGUGGCAGGAGUAUUAUGAAGCUGACGAAAUACUCAAGUUAAGACAAAGCGCGUUGAAGAAAGAAGACGCGGAUCUACAAUUAGAAAUGGAAAAGCUCGAAAGAGAGCGGAACCUACACAUCAGAGAAUUGAAGCGUAUUCACAACGAGGACCAAUCGAGAUUCAACUCUCAUCCUGUUUUGAAUGAACGUUACCUUCUGCUAAUGUUAUUAGGAAAGGGCGGUUUCAGCGAAGUGCAUAAGGCAUUUGACUUAAAGGAGCAACGGUAUGUGGCUUGUAAGGUGCAUCAAUUAAAUAAAGACUGGAAAGAAGACAAGAAGGCUAAUUACAUAAAGCAUGCAUUGCGAGAAUAUAAUAUACACAAGGCAUUGGAUCAUCCUCGAGUUGUAAAAUUAUAUGAUGUAUUUGAAAUUGAUGCCAAUUCCUUUUGUACAGUUCUGGAAUAUUGUGAUGGCCAUGAUUUAGAUUUUUACCUCAAGCAGCAUAAGACUAUACCCGAGAGAGAAGCGAGAUCUAUUGUUAUGCAAGUUGUAUCGGCAUUAAAGUACCUCAAUGAAAUAAAACCCCCAGUCAUACAUUACGAUCUAAAACCAGGCAACAUUUUGUUAACCGAAGGUAACGUGUGCGGCGAAAUAAAAAUCACAGACUUUGGUUUAAGUAAAGUUAUGGAUGAGGAAAAUUAUAAUCCAGAUCACGGAAUGGAUUUAACAUCCCAAGGAGCAGGUACUUACUGGUAUCUACCUCCUGAGUGUUUCGUCAUUGGCAAAAAUCCUCCUAAAAUAUCGUCCAAGGUUGAUGUUUGGAGUGUAGGAGUUAUAUUUUACCAAUGCCUAUACGGUAAAAAGCCCUUUGGUCAUAAUCAAUCGCAAGCCACCAUUUUGGAGGAGAAUACGAUACUGAAAGCCACAGAAGUCCAGUUUGCGAAUAAACCGACCGUCAGUAACGAAGCAAAGAGUUUCAUAAGAAGUUGCCUAGCGUAUAGAAAGGAGGAGCGUAUAGACGUACUAACACUAGCUAGACACGAAUAUCUGCAACCCCCAGUGCCAAAACAUGGCCGCCAAGCGAACAGCCAGCAGCAACAGCAACAGCAGCAGAUACAACAACAGCAGCAGAGUUCGUUCAAUAUCGGCAUGUUUAGUGGUAUGAACGCGUCGAGCAGUUCGUAGUGGAGAGGAAGGACUAAGGACGAAAUCCUCGAUAUAUACUAAUACAUGCCAAAUCUUGAGCGCUCGGACUGUGCACAUCAUCUCUCAUCUUAGGGAAAUAACGAUUACUAUAAUCAAUUGUAAAUACUAAAGCCGGAUACUAUCACCGUCACCACCACCCACCACUACCAUCACCACAACUAUUACCACAACUACCACCGCCAUCACCACACCGUCACAACUAUACUUACAGGAUCGACUACAUAGGACAUUGCAAGAGAGAUGCGAGACUGGUCAUCCGCAAGUCCAGGAGCUUGCGUCUUUCUACAAGCCACGCCACAUUAUUCAGCAUGACAAGAAACAAUGUUGUGUUCGUAAAUAUUCAAUUGUAUUAUCGUUCCUUGUAUCAAACAGUGCGCUGACUUGAUAAUAGUGUUUAAAAGAAACGAGAGAGCGAGAAAGAACGAACGAGCGUGCGAACGAGAAAAUAACAUGUGAUAAGUCAUUAUGAGUUAAAGUGACGCUUAGAUUAAGGGGGAGGGGGGAAAUAGAGUAUGAGAGAGAGAGAGAGAGAGAGAGAGACUAUAAAUAAAACAGAUAAAACGAUAAGAAUUCUUCCGAGUGGAAGCAAAAUCAAGUUGAUGAAAUAAAGAAAGCAACGAAGAAUAAGAAAAAAAAAAUAGGAAGAAACCAAGAAAAGCAAUCGGAGCAAUCGCAGCAAUCGCUUUUACGAAGACAACGUUCCUCUCUCCUGGCGUUUUAGUGUGCAUGAAUGAACGCUAGAGGAUUGUUAAAAUUAGUGUGAGUGUAUAUAUUUAUACUAUAUAUAUAUAAAACUAAUAAAUCCGACAUAAUAUAUAUAUAUAUAUGGUGUAAAAAGGACGACGACAAACAUUGACAGUGGGAAGACAACUGUGGUGGCUCUAUCCUCGCAUGACCUCCGGCGCCGGUUUCCGGCAUUCCAUGAAUGCUUGGCCUGCGUAUCAUGUUACUUUAUUCGAAUAUUAACAUUAUUACCUGUAUCAUGACUAAUAACGACUAACAUACACGCGCAUCCACAUCCACACACAAAACAUAUACACGAUACGAUUACACACGAAGGAGAUUUGAUUGGUUGUUCCUAUUCCGAAACGAGAGUGGGCUUUAUAUCUAUAAUGCCGGAACGAUUAGUCCGAUAAAAAGAGAGAAUAAGAGCGAAGUGAGCAUAGAGAGAAAGAAAGACAGAGAGAAAGAGAGCGAGAGAGAGAGAGAGAGAAUCGCGAUGUGCUCCCAAAGUGAAAAAUAUUAUAGGAUUGUAGUCCAUUAUUAUCACCAUCACUUUAAGAAAAAAACCGUUUUCACGCGUGUAUGGUUUAAAACUCCGCGACGAGAUUUGCAGUAUCGAAGCGCGCCGUGCGUUAUGUUUUCCCUAUUUCACUCUACCUCCUCUUUUCUUUUGUCUCCUCUCCUUUCUCUUCUCCCCCUUUUUUCUCGAAAGAGAUAGGGAGAAAAAAGGAAAGAGAGAGAGAAAACGGAUCCAAAUGUGUGUAUAGAGCAAGUUUCGCGGAAACGGCUAGGCACAUUAAUUAAUUAAUCAGACGACGGUUGAAAAAAAACGAUAAUAAAAGAAAAGAGCAAAUUUUUAACAUAAGAGAGCCGUGAAACGCUAUACCGACCCAAUCAUUAUUUCUUUACUCGUAAUUUGUUUUAUAUAUAUGUACGUUAUAUAUAGAUAAUUAUGAAAUAGAAGACUAAGUUAUUUUAUCAAGUGCCCUUGCUUUGUAUUAUAGUCGCGUCCGUCGACGAGCCGUAGCUUCUGGGAGUAAAAGAGAAAAAGGAGAAACGGAAUGCGUUGAGAGCGAACGAGAGAAAAAAAGAGAGACUGAGAGCGAGUGAGUGUGUGUGUUGUUAAAAGUGUUGCGUCAGUUGUUGAUACAAUGUGGGCACCAGGUAUUGAUGACGGCUCAAUACCAUCAAUGUGAUUGGCAAAAGUGUGGUGAGAGAGGAGAAUACAAUUACAAGUCUGAACAGAGAGUCUACUACUACUUAGAUCCGCUGCUUCAAUUUUGACAAAAAAAGAAAAAAAGAAAAGAAAAAAUGCCAACCGUUUCCACAUCCCGCAUCCUACUUCUCGUGAAAAAUAAGACACGCAGUUGCAAAUGCAUUUUUUUUUCUUUUAUCAAAGCAUAUCUACCGAUGAUUCCCUACGAUACAAUUCCGAAAUGGCAUCAUUUGCGUCAUUGCUCGAUGUAGUUCUUUUUUCUAUAACUGAUGUAGAUGUUUAAAAAUAUUUUUUUUUUCGAGGAGAGAGAUGGCGAGGAGAAGUAAAUAUUUAAAAUAAUGAAAGAAUUUGUCAUUCGCAUAUCUUUCCGAUUAUAUCGUUUUCAUUAAAUUGAAUAUAUAUAGAGCUUGUUUCUCUCAAAAUUGUUACGACUGGCCUUAAGAGAAUUGUCCGAAGAUAUAAUUUAAUGAGUAUUCAUGCCAUAUCGAAUAUCUUGAAUAUUUUUUUUUGUUACCAUGAUUAAGGUACUCUAUGCUCGUGUACUUUGCGACAGGAAGGUUUUUAUAUUUGUACAUAUCUGUAGGAUCCCUCACACGGGAGAAGGUAAUUGAUAAACUUGCAUGAGUAUUUGAGAUAGAUAGGAACGGGAGGGGGAGGGGAAUAGAGAAAUUUUUUAUCUGUAAUUAUUUUCACUGCGAGCA